CGUUUAUCUGACUCAGUAAACAAUGGUAAAAGGGGAUUCGAUACUGUCAAUACUAAUGUUGGCUUUUCAAUCUUUCCCAAAACAGUGAAAACAAAAAAGUUGAAUUACGGUCUCUUGCGAGUGAAACCUAAGGUAUAUUGAUCAGUAUUGUGAUUUGAGUAGUCAUGUCAUGUUGCGGAUUUUCUCUACACAUUUUAACUGUCAGUGCUGGUGUUUUUACAAUACUGGAGAGCAUAUUUGGGAUUUCUUGGAGCAGCCAUGGUCUGAUGUUGAUACACACAAAUCCGAAUGAAACUGAAAAUAGCACUAGUAAAGUGGAUGAAGGAAUAAUAAUCGCAACAGUGGCUCUUUAUGGCUUGUGGCUCAUAAGUGCAAUAACCCUACUUUAUGGCAACUCUGUGAAGUCCAAGGCUCUAAUCAUAUUCUGGAUGGUUAUCACUGUUCUAAUAAUUCCUUUCAAAUCUGUAUGGACAGGAUACUAUGGAUUCAGACUACAGAGCGUCAGUAAAUCCAGUGAUUUGACUGAGCAAGAGAUACUCAAGGAAAAUCUCAUUACCUUUUACUUUCUGAUUUGUUUUGCUAUUGGAACGAUCAACUUCCCACUUAACGCCUAUUUCUUUGUCGCAGUGACCCAACGCAUAUCAGAGAUUAAGAAAGAGAUCAAAGCAACUCUGGGUGAUUUUACAACAGACCAGCCACAAAUUCCACUAUCAACGUAUCAGAAUCACACCGUGCCUGAGGAAAGGGGUCAGCUUCCAAGUUUUGACCAGCCAGAUAAUGUCAUUCCCUUGGACAAUAACUACCGCCGGUACAGCAGGCCUGAUUUUGAUGAAGGGCAGAUAAGACCUCAAAAUGAUCAAUAUGGACAAAGACAAAUCCAGUCAGAUUUGACUCCCUAUUAUAACCCAGAGCAAGACUACCAUUCCCGUGCCCAUUACGAUAGAGGUAAUCUGGAACCAAAAUACAACCCUCGUCCGAGCUCUGGAAGGCUAGAGCCAGAAUACGAUUGUCAUUCGCGCCCUGGUAAACACAGUCCAGAACCAGGAUACAGUUCCCGCCCACAUUAUGAAAGACAGAGUCAAGAUUACGGUUACAGUUACCGAUCCCGUGACGUUAGAACUAAUUCCCAGAUAAACUACAAUUCCAGUGGAGAGAUCAACCAAGGUUACGAUGUAGAUUAUGAAAAUGAAUGGAGAAGUGCUUCAGGUGGUAUACCACGGGUUAAAUACUAGUGUCGUCUGGUGUUUUCAAGGUUCAAGUUCAUCUUUAAAUAUUUAAUGCCCUUCUUUUAAUUUUAAAUACCGUAUAAACAUUAUAUAGUUCCAGGUAGAUUAUGAAAAUUAAUAUUUCAGUUAAUUUGCAUGUUUCCAGUAAUUUCAUUUAAAUAUUUUGUA